AUGCUGCGAGCAAAAUCCCAAAGCUUGAGAAAACUCGAAUUACAAGAAAUUUGCUUUAAGAAAGAUAAUCUAACAAUUCUUAUCGUUAUGCCAAACUUGGAAAUUUUAUCAAUAAAGCAUUCAUCUGGAGAUCCUUUUGGCGAAGAAAAAAAUAAAUUUCAAAAUCUUAAAAGAUUAGAAUUGGUUAAUAAUUCAACUGAAUUAAAUAGAGCUAUAUUAAAUACUGAAUGUGAAUCACUAAAAUUUUUUGUAAUAUAUGAAAGGGAAUUAAUCGAAGAAGAAAAUGAUGAAUUUAUUUCUUUGCUAAGUCGAAACAUGUCUUAA